UGUUUUUAAACGAUCAGUACUUUGUUGAGCUUAGUCACGGCGGCCAAACCAUCAGUGUACUGCUAAGGAAGUAAAGGGAUACUCAGUCACUCAACUUUUGUUUACUUUCUAAACUGUCAAAAUGUCCAGAGGUAGUAGUGCUGGUUUUGAUCGGUUUAUUACCAUUUUUUCGCCAGAGGGUCGUCUGUACCAAGUUGAGUAUGCUUUCAAAGCUAUAAACCAAGGAGGACUGACGUCUGUGGCAGUAAGAGGAAAAGAUAAUGCUGUUGUUGUGACACAGAAAAAAGUCCCUGACAAACUGUUGGAUGCAGAAACGGUAUCACAUCUGUACAAGUUAACAGACACGAUAGGAUGUGUCAUGACGGGAAUGAUUGCCGACAGCAAAUCUCAAGUGCAGCGUGCCAGAUAUGAAGCUUCUUCCUGGAAGUACAAGUAUGGCUAUGAUAUCCCUGUGGACAUGCUGUGCAAGAGAAUAGCUGACAUCAACCAAGUCUACACUCAGAGUGCAGAAAUGAGACCUCUUGGCUGCUGCAUGAUCCUGAUUGGUUAUGAUGAGGAGUAUGGCCCACAAGUGUACAAGACAGAUCCGGCUGGAUAUUAUUGUGGAUUCAAGGCCACAGCUGCUGGGGUCAAACAGCUAGAGGCAAACAGUUUCUUGGAAAAGAAAAUCAAGAAGAAAAAUGAGUUCACGGACAAUGAAGCUGUUGAGAUGGCGAUCACUUGUCUGUCUACGGUGCUAUCAGCUGACUUCAAGGCCGCUGAGAUUGAGGUUGGGAUUGUUUCAAAGGACAACCCAAAAUUCAGGGUACUGGCUGACAAUGAGACUGAUGUUUACCUCGCAUCCAUUGCUGAGAAAGACUGAGAUUUUUUGGUUUAAAUCCUGUAUCAUUCUGUACGACUGGUGGUCAAUAAGAUAUUUUUCAAUGUUUUGAAUGAAAGUGUUCGAAGUCAGGUAGGGGUUGGUGAAAAAGAGUUUGUGUGUGUAUGUCCUGAGUUUGUAGCUGUUUUAUGUAAUAUGUGAUUUUUUUCCCCCAAAAUGAGCAUGUCUGAUUUAAGGAUGCUGCUGUCAUGAGCAAAUGUUAAUCGCAAAAGUUUUCACAAUGAUAUGAAUAAGCUCAGAGUCUGGCUGUUGUCAUGAAUAAUAUUGGUGUAUGGAUUAAAACUGGGGGCAUAGGAGAAUGCCUUGCAGAUUAUUCUAAUCUGUGUUUGAGUUCAUAAUCCAGUUUGUUCAUGCUAAUUACACGAGUCAGUUGAUUACUUUGUCAUGUUUGACUGAAAGUGACUUAUUUGACAAUAAAGUUUUGGCAUUUCUCCAGUAUUUUA